AUGGCUGACGUGAUCAUGGAAGACUCGCGUUCUGAGAAGCUGAUGCUCGAUGCGAAAGCUUGGCCACUGGAGUCCUUGCAGCUUUUCCGGAAGCUUCUUCAGAAUGUGAUGGACAAUCCAUAUGAUGCAAAGUUUCGUAAGCUGAAGCUGACCAACGCGCGCAUUGGUGCUCUCCUUGCGGAGAGCGGAGCACGGAACGCCUUCGAGGCACUUGGCUGGAUAAUGUCCAGCACCGGAGACGCCUUGGAGCUACCCGCGACCGCAAGCUUGGACUUGACCGCUGCCGUUCUUCGGGGAACGGAACUGCAGCCACCAGGAGAGCCGGUUGCCCUGACUGUCCUGCGCGGAGCCUUGAAAUCGAAGCUUGAGCUUCCAUGCAACACCCUCUUCAGCGGCUUGGCUGCUGCCAUUGAGCAGAGUGAGUCCUUAGGCCGGAUUCCCAGGAAGAGGCAGCGACUUCUGGUUGGAGUCCCCCCGAAGCCUUUGCAAGAAAGCUUCCCGAACUUUGCCUCGAUGACCAUCUCAGAGCUUGGUUUGAAAGCCUUUAAACUGGAAGAUACCUGGGAGGAGAUGGUGGCAGACUUGCGUGCCGUGCGUGCCAGCUUUUCAUCACUAGCUUCUGUCCUGGCCUGCAAGAAGACACUUCAAGACAAUUACGAGUUUCUCUUAGACUCGGCGAAGGCUUUGCUUAAGGCGAGGGCAAUGGCCAUGGAUGCUUCGGAGCUAUUCGAUGCACGCUCGGUCUUCAGGAUCCUCUGGCCACCAGGCGAUUCAAGCACGAAAGAUGCCAGGUUGGCACACUGCGCUGUGUGUACACCGUUGGCGGCACUUGCGAAGGCAGAGGAUGGUUCACCAAUCCAAUUUGCACUGCGUGUGGAGCGCGCGAAUCUCUUCCAGAGCGCUCUGGAACAGAUCGGCCAAGCUCCUGUAUCAGACCUGCGAAAAUCACUCCAGGUGACCUUUGUGGGCGAAGCUGCAGAGGACGCCGGAGGCCCGCGACGAGAGUUCUUCAACGACUUUGGCCGGGCAUGUGGCGAUGAGAAGGUAUGGCAGAGGACACCUGCAGGUUCCCUGACGCCUGCCCCCGAUGCUCCGGCGGACGUUUUCCGCGCCUGUGGUCGCAUCUUUGGUCUCGCUUUGUGCCAGGCAGAGAACGCAGCGCAAGAGCAGCGAGUUAGAGAAAACGCCACGCUUCAAGAACUCCUAGCAGCUGUGACGCAAGACGAUGAUAAUCAGGAACAGCAGCUCCAACAACUUCUCGUUGGAGCAACACUUGCAAGACCCUUCCUACGGUGCAUUCAGGCUGAUAUCCCGGAGUCUGUAGAAGAACUACAGGCUGAACUCAAUGCAGAGCAGAGCGAAAGCGCUCCGGAUUUCAGGGGUUCCUCCGCGUUUUUGACCUCUAACCUGAAGGACCUGGGCUUGGAAGGACAACUGACCUUCAGCAGGGAGGUUCAAGGCAGCAUCGUCGACCUCACAGUUGGUGGGCGGUCCAUCGUGGUCACAGAUACGACGAAGCUGGAUUGGCUCAGAGCGGUGUUGCGUCAUGAGCUGGUGGACGCUACUCAGCAUGCGGCAAGUUCCUUUCGACAUGGGGUCUGUGAUGCGGCUGGCGCAGCGUACUUGGCGUUGCUGUCGGCAGACGAGCUUCAAAAGGAGUGGUCUGGUCUGUCCCAUGUGAGCGACGAUGCGUUGAGGAUUUGGCAGGAGCGAUCUAACGUGAAUCCAGCACGCAAGCAGCAAGCGGCUUGGUUUUUCGAGAUUCUGUGGGACGAGCAAACUCGAGAUGCCCGACCAAGCGUGUUGAAGUUCACCACAGGCAGUGAUCGGUGGCCCACAGAUCCGAAAACUUUCACGUUUUACGUGGAACCCAUGGAUGGCGGUGAUGAUCUGCUCCCACGAGCAAUGACCUGCGGAAACAUGCUGCAGCUUCCAAGCUACACCUCAAAGGAGCGCUUGCAGUCGCAGCUCCUGAAGGCUUGUGACAUGGGGCUCUCCAUGCAGCUUGUGUAG